GCAGCAGGAGCCUUCCCCACCAUUGCAGAGCGGAGCGGGGGGAGGACAACCCCCCGCCCUGCAAGCUGCCCUGCAGCGUGUGCAAUUGCAGGGCCGCUCCCCCCACCCCCCCAACGCCCCCCCAGCUGCACCCCGCUGCAAGGAGAGCUGCUGCAGCGAGUCAGGACAACUCCCCGCUGCAGGAGGAUUUGAGCGCUUGCAGUUUGCAUCUUUGUUGCAAAACUAAGCUCCAGAGGAGAGGCAAGGCAAAGUCUUUUGUGCUCCCCUCCCCCACCAAAGCCAAGGGGACAAUGUCUCAGGCCAGAGGCAAGAAGAGAAACCCUGGGCUGAAAAUUCCUAAAGAAGCAUUUGAGCAACCACAGACAAGCUCCACGCCACCAAGAGAUCUAGACUCCAAAGCCUGCAUCUCUAUUGGAGAGGAGAACUUUGAGGUGAAAGCUGAUGACCUGGAGCCCAUCUCCGAGCUGGGACGAGGUGCGUACGGGGUGGUGGAGAAGAUGCGGCACAUGCCCAGUGGACAGAUCAUGGCAGUGAAGCGGAUCCGAGCCACAGUGAACAGCCAGGAGCAGAAGAGGUUAUUGAUGGAUCUGGAUAUCUCCAUGAGGACAGUAGAUUGCCCCUUCACUGUCACCUUUUAUGGGGCACUUUUCCGAGAGGGAGAUGUGUGGAUUUGUAUGGAGCUGAUGGAUACCUCACUGGACAAGUUCUACAAGCACGUCAUUGACAAGGGCCUGACGAUUCCCGAGGACAUCUUAGGAAAAAUAGCUGUCUCUAUUGUCAAAGCACUAGAACAUCUACACAGUAAGCUCUCCGUGAUCCACAGAGAUGUAAAGCCCUCUAAUGUGUUGAUCAAUACGCAGGGGCAGGUGAAAAUGUGCGAUUUUGGCAUUAGCGGUUACCUCGUCGACUCAGUUGCUAAAACCAUGGACGCAGGAUGCAAACCCUACAUGGCUCCUGAAAGAAUUAACCCGGAGCUGAACCAGAAGGGGUACAGCGUCAAAUCUGAUAUCUGGAGCCUGGGGAUCACGAUGAUUGAGCUGGCCAUCCUGCGCUUUCCCUACGACUCCUGGGGGACACCCUUCCAGCAGCUCAAGCAGGUGGUGGAGGAACCAUCGCCACAGCUCCCAUCAGAGAGGUUCUCAGCAGAAUUUGUCGAUUUUACCUCGCAAUGCUUGAAGAAGAAUUCCAAAGAACGGCCAACAUACCCAGAGCUUAUGCAACAUCCUUUCUUCACCCUGCACGAAUCCAAAGAGACAGACGUCGCCUCUUUUGUCAAACUCAUCCUGGGAGACUGAGAACUGGACUUGUUAAUGAAUUGCCCUUCUGUGGACUGGUGGGUGCAGGGGAGGGGCACGUGGCAGGACUUGUCAUGAGAGCACCAACAGCAAGUCACCGUGGUUUGUGUUGUUUUGUUUUGUUUUGUUUUGUUUCUUUUUAAUUCCGAGAAACCCCUGCCUUGCCCAAGUUUUUAAAAGGGUUCUUUGGUAUCCAUAGUGACAUAGAAUGAGCUGGUUAGUGGAAUGAAUUUUAAUAAGGUUGGUAACCUUAAAACAAGCAAAAAAACCCCAACAACAACAACAAAAAAGAAGCUGAAAAGAGUGAUUUACAUAUUUAAUGACAGUCAAAAUCCCUCCUCCUAACUUUCUCCUCAACCCUCCCUUUCCCUUCCCGCCCCGAACCAGAAUUUGCUUUGUCAUGGUAAUAGGUGCUAUGGUAGUCAUGAAGCUGUAUGUAGAUUUAUAUUUUGUCCCUUCCAUUAUUUUAAUAUUUAUGUUAAGUGCUUGAUGGAAUAGAUUUCUGUUUUAUAUGAGGAUGAGUGUGUGGUGACGAUGAUGAUGAUGCUAAAUGAGGCCACAGCAAGCGAUAGUUGUAGGGCUUUGCUGGGGAAAAGGUGUCACAGGAAAAGAGAAAGAAGAGAGGAAUUGUCUGUGUCGUGGAGAAUAUUUAAUGUGCAUCAUCAAAAGAAUUUAUAAACAAGGAUCUCAGCUGAGCUACUCGAGCUGCUUUUGCAGCCUGUGAGCAUUACUGUAAGGGAGGGAGGCCCCAGGGUGCUCCGAGUCUGGCUGGUGUGUCCUGGCCAGCCUAGGGAGCACUGCCAGCCUCCUGCCAGGGAACGUCCUUGCCCUGUGUCCCACCCAUUUGCUCUGCUCUCUUGGGCAGGUGCUGAGGUCUGGAGAGGGAGGACAUUGCUGGGAUAGUGCCCCAGAAGAAA